AUGGGCCGUGCCCACAAUCGUACGUUUUGUCGUCCCCUUGUGUCGCCAUGCGGCGCCGUCCUGGAUUGGGCAAGGCCAUGGCAUGGAUGCCAUGUGGGCGAGCCGUCGCCGCGACGGCAGCGGCAGCGGCAGCGGCAGCAGCAGAAGGAGACGUGGAAGAGGAGGAAGAAGAAAGCAGGCGGCGAGGAGAGGUCGUGGCGCACCACGCCGGCGGGCGGGCAGGCAGGCAUCGUCCAGGCGGCGGGCAGGCAUCGUCCAGGCGGCGGGCAGGCAUCGUCCAGGCGGCGGGCAGGCAUCGUCCAGGCGGCGGCCAAGGCGAGCAGCGCCGGGCGAGGGAGUCGGCGCUCCGCAUCGUCACCAUCACCGACCGACGGCCACGACGACGCGUACGUACCGUCUGCUGGCUCUCGGAAGCAGCCCGAGCACCCGCGCGAAUGCCACGGUACCUGCGCUCCGUACUUUUGUCCCGAGCACUCCCCACCUGGGCACGCGCCGCAGAGUCGAGCGGAACAGCGAGUGGUGCGGUGCAAGGGUCGCGGGACGGGAUGA